UUGAUCAAAAUAAUAGGAAACAAUGAACUAUGGAUACAUAAUCAAGUAAGAGAGUUUGGCAAGGAAAUUGUCAAGAUGGAAAAUCCCAAAAAGCCUCAAAAGCGCAGUAGGAUAUGGAAUCACUCUGAUGCACUUUCCACACUCAUUGGAAAGGAGAGUGCGACAAAUGUGGAAGCCCUUUGUCUCACGUUUGAUGAGGGACGAAGUGAAUGUUUUAGGUCUGAAGCAUUUGGCCAUCUACCGAGUGUGAGGUUCUUGAGAUUGGACCAGGCAACUAUUGAAGGGAGUUCUCAGAAUGUUUUUUCGAAGUUAAGGUGGCUUCAGUGGCAAGGGUGCAGACAGAUCUCUGAACUCCUUAUUUUCCAUUUGGAGAAGUUGGUUAUUCUUGAUCUAUCUUGCAGUUUGGUCACAGGAGAUUCACAAGAAUGGGGACAAAUCCUGGAGAAAACCAGGGAAUUGAAAGUUUUGAUCCUUCGUGGCUGUCCUCACCUGCAUGCAUCUCCAGAGUUCUAUUGUUCAACGCCUUUAGAGAGAUUGGUCCUGGAACGUUGUCUCCUAAUAUCAGUAAUUAGUCAAUCCAUAGGUAAUUUGAAGAACUUAAUCUCCUUGAAUCUUCAGUUCUGCAAAUUGGUCAAGCACUUGCCGGAAGAACUGUGUUAUAUGACAGCCUUGGAAGAACUUCUGAUUGAUGGAACUUCCAUUAGUAUCAUUAAUUUCCGACAAGCCUCCAUGCAGCGACUUAAGAUUCUGAGUGCUUCCCAAUGUGAAAGUUUGGUUCGGAUAUCAGACUCUAUUGGACAUUUGAAAUCUCUUUUGUAUCUUGGACUGGAUGGAGCUGCUAUUGAUGGCCUCCCGGAUUCUAUUGGAUCCCUAAAGAAACUUCAGAGGCUGCUUCUAGGAAAUUGUCGGAAGUUAGCUGAACUUCCUUAUUCCGUUGGGAAUCUCGAGUCACUGGAAGUCAUUCAUCUAUCAAGCACCGCGAUUGCUAGAUUACCCAGGUCCUUCAAGGGUUUGAAAAAGUUGAAGGUACUGAAGAUGGAGAAUACUCUUUUAAGGAAAUUCCCCAAAGAUAUAGAAGUUCUAAAAAUGCUGGAAGAGAUAGAUCUUUCGCAAUGCAAGAAUCUGAAGGGACCAAUUCGCUGUGAUUUCAAAGGACUAUCCUCUUUGAAAAUCUUAAGACUAUCAUCUACCAAGACUUCUGGCCUGCCCUGGAGUGAUGACCGGUUUUCUGACCGCCAAACCCUUAAUUCACUCUCUCAUCUCCAAUGGCUGGACUUAAGCGAUUGUAAUCAAGUACGAGCUCUGCCAAUACUUCCAUCUAGUUUAACCAGUCUUCGCUGGGGAUCCAAAAAAAUGAGGACAGUCCCAGACCUCUCUUACCUGCCAAACAUGAAAGAGCUGCACUUGGGCGAUGGUACUGAUCCGGAGACGAAAUCUUUCUCCGAGCCACCGACAAUUGGAUGGGUAACAAUUCUAGUGAAUCUAGAAAUCCUGGAAUUGCGCCACUCAAAGAUUACCGCACUACCUGAAAAUUUUAGCACACUCCCACUAAGGAAACUUGUUUUGCACUAUGCAAACUUGCUUGACCUCCGAGAGCUACCCCCUAGCUUAUCAAUAUUGUGUCUCCACUACUGCACAAUUCGAGUUCCACAAUUUUCCAAGAUGAGAUGUCUGUCUGAGUUGGAACUCAAACAUUGUGACCUGGCAAAGAUCGAUGGUCUUGAAGAUUUGAAGCUAUUGCAACUUCUGCACAUAUCCCACUGCAGCGUGCAAACACUUGAUGGGCUGGAAAGUAUGCCUCGCCUUAGAAAGCUCACUUUAUUCGACUGCCCUUCACUGACUGAAUUACCAGAUCCAAAACAGUAUAGAUUUGAAGUCAGCAUGUGCUGUCCCUAAGGAGAACCAUGGUCGGCAGAUAUGUUGCCUUCAUCUGUGGUCAGCAUAUUGUGGAAGUCGCUUCAAGGAUGAUUCCUAUUUAUGAGUUAACAUUGUGUCUAUCUUCAGUAAAAAGUUGGAGUAUUUUUUUUUUUUUAAAGGUAAAUAUUGCUGCCUUUUCCUUUCCUCAAUAAUAUUGCUACCUUUUGCCCUGGGAGCUUCGUUAAAGACGGCGUGUGCAGUCAAAUUUCUGUGCAGCGUCCCCUCCACCUUUUUGGGCUGCGGUUACCUUCUGUUACUAGACGGCUUCUCUGGGAAAGCUGGGGUAAGGCUGCGUACAUCGCUAAAUGUAUCCCUCCCCGGCGGUCAAAUGUUGUCUCCUGGAGGGAACAAUUACUAAAAUGAUUUUUGGUCUCCUGUUCUGAAACAUCGAUGAAUUUUUAUC